UUUCCUUCAAAAAAUUCCAAACAACGCAAAAACGACGACCCAUAAAGUUAAGCAGCUUCUUCCUUCGUCCCCUCCCCUGUCUGAACCUUCAUCGCUUAAAAUGCCUUAUAGAACUGAUUUGAAGAGGCCUGACUUAAAGGGGCAAUUUCCAUGUUCUGUCUGCAACAAAAUAUUUUGCCAUUCAUCCUCCUUAAGCAGACAUAGAAUGCAGGCACAUUACAAAAGUUAUACUUGUACUCAAUGUAAUCAAGAUAUUCAUAACAGCGAAAAUCUCCGUUCACACAUGUAUCGGUGUCAUCAAAUACACAGAAUGUUUAUGUGUAGGUGUUGUAAUUGGGCAUUUCCUGAUAAGACUAGUCUUCACAUUCACAUGCAAAGUAUGCAAAAAAGUGGUAAGCCGGGUGAUGUUUCUGUACUUGCGAGAAGUUCGCUAGAUCCUGAUGUUAAAUUGGCCUUUCCAGACAGUGAUGGUUCCACAACAAAUUCUUGUCCAGAAGAUGACCAUCAAAUUUUUCCUGAAGAGACGGGAGAAAUAAGUGAAUUAGAAGAACAACAACACCUUCAAAAAUUAGAAGAAAAUAAUAUUAGAGAGCAAACACAACGAACAUCUCAACAUCAAUUAAUUAAUAAUUUUGGUUUUGAUGAAAAUAAAAAAGAUUUUUUGUUGCCUUCUCCUUUACCACAACAAAAUAACAAUCUUCAUUCAAAUAUUCAAACAACAGGAAUUUUCCCUCCUCCCCAAAAUCAACAACAACAACGACAAAAUAAUUUUGGACCCCCUAAUUUUAGUGCUGCAGAAAUGCUUCUGUCAAAACUUGGAGGAUUUAUUAAUAAUGAAGAGAAACAAUUGCAGCAACACAGUUUGCUUCAGAAUAAUACACCGCCUACUGCUGCACAAACAUUGCUAGCAACAUUUGCGCAACAUCAGAAUUCCCACCAGACACCUCAACAACAUCAGUUGCUUCAUUUAAUUGCUAACAACCCCUAUCUUCUAGCUGCCGCUGCUUCACCAUCACCAUCAUCUUCCGCUUCUGUUUCAUCAAAUAAUGAUUUUAAAAAUAUAAUGUUGCAACAUCCAAAUAAUCAUUUUCCCCAUCCUCCUCCAAAUCAUUUACCUAUUGCUGCAAAUAUUUCCCCACAAUUUGCUAACACUAAUGUGCUUCAAUCACUCUAUGCAGCAGUUGCUUCAGCUGCUUCAGCGGUUGCUUCAACAUCGAAUUCUGCUUCGAUAUCGAAUUCUGCUUCGGUAACGAAUUGUUCUUCGUCUUCAAUUUCAAAACAACCUUUAUUAACGGAAAAUAUUAAACACAAAAAACAAAAGCUUCAACCUCCCUUAAAGAAAAGACGAGGAGAGAAGAGAAAGUCGUCUUUAAACAAUGCUAUAAUUAAAAAUAAAAAUUCUGCUACAACAACAACAAUGCCUACAAUGGAUUUAAGUUUGCAAAUAUUGCAGAAAGGACAGAGUGAUAGAGGGGUAAAGACUAAGAAGACGUCAGCUAAUAAUGAAGCAAAUCAAGAAGCAAAUCAGGAAGUCCCCCCAAAUCGUUGUGAAAGUCUCUCCCCUUCAAUGGGCAAACUCAAUUCUUUAAUUACCAAUCUGUUAGCAAUAAAAGGGGGAAACAACAACAACAACAAUAUUAAACAAGAACACAGUCCUGGUGAUGAUUAUGAUGGGAAUAAUGGAGGAGAGUCUUCUUCAGCUUCUGAAAGACGAAAUAAACGAAAAAUGCGUACUCCUGCACGUGCUGCAGAAGUUGCUGCAGCUUUGAUUAAUGAAAAGAAGCUUGGAAAUGUUGCUUCUGCUUCUAAUGAGAAUAACAAUAAUGGCUCGGUAACCAGCCAACCUUCGCCUGCAGUUUCCGAUUCACAAACAAGCAGUGGGGGAAGCAAUGGCAACAACAACGAUGAACAUCAACAACAACAUAUGGAUUUUGAAGCAAAUAAGGAGGAUGGUCCAUCAACAUGGAUGUGCUCUUCCUGUCAGGCAGGUGCUUUUAUAAAAAUAUCCUGA